AUGUUCUUCACACGAGCGUUUCUCGCCUUUGUGGUCGCAGCCUCUGCUGUUGCCACGCCCGUGGCACGUGCUGACGACGAUAACACAACCUGCUACUUCCUCAUGACACCUACACCAGACCUCGGGGCGGACGCGCUCCAGACAUCCAUCAACUUCGCUAUCAGCAACACGCUCGGUGAAAAUUACCCCGGCGAGGAGAUCACAGAUGAGACCCAGCCUCUUGUACGCCACCUCGAUGGGACGUACGACGUGGUAUCACUCGUCGCCGUCGAAGGCGAGACACUGACGGAUGUUGGCGCUGAGGUGAAAAGUUGGGAAGGCGAGACACUAGAUGGGCUAUAUGCUCAGUGGGGGCGCAUAUUGAAUGUGAUAACGCUGCGAGAAUUAUGGGAUGUCGAUGAAACGGAUAGUACCGAUGCUCUUGCCCGUGAUAGCUGGAUUAAUAUGACAUUUUAUUGUGCAACAUCUGAUCGCGAGAGACGAUUGAUAAGAGCACAAUGA